UAUGAGGUAACAUUCAAAUAAAAUAAAAGAUCGUUCACCUAUAUAUACAACGGCCCUCAUCGAAGGAAUCAUAUCUAAAUAAAAACCCUUUCAAAUUAUUUCUACAUCUACCAAGAAAACCUAAAUGGAUCCUUUUUACACGAAAGCUCUUUUAGUGUCAAUCGUACUAGCAUCCAUUUUUUGGUACAUAAAAUCCUCAUCACGUCUGGCCGGAAAAACGCCUCCCUUGCCGCCAGGACCCCAGGGCUUGCCAAUUCUUGGAUAUUUGCCGUUUCUGCGCAGUGAUAUACUCCAGCAGUUUACGGACUUGGCACGGCAAUACGGCCCAAUAUAUAAGCUCCGGCUAGGCAGCAAACUGACUGUCGUUAUCGCCUCGCCAUCCCUGAUAAAACAGGUCGUUCGUGAUCAAGACCCGAUUUUCGCUGAUCGUGAUGCGACCGUUGCAACACUAGUUCUCAGUGGUGGUGCAAACGAUAUCGCGUUUUCGCCACAAAAUUCCAACUGGCGCUUGAUGCGGAAGAUAUUAGCACGCGAGAUGCAAAGUAACAGCAGCCUGGAGGCAUCGUACGAGCUCAGGAAGGACGAGGUGAGGAACGCCAUCAGACAUGUGUAUUCCAAGAUUGGGGAACCCAUUGACGUUGGCGAGUUAGCUUUUGCAUCUGAGCUCAAUCUUGUGAUGAACCUUUUGUGGGGUGGGAAGAUUGAAGGGGAAGAGGGUAAGAGGCUUGGAGCGGAGUUCAGGGCCGUGAUCUCAAAGGUUAAUGAUCUGAUAGGAACGCCCAAUGUCUCUGAUUAUUUCCCAGUUCUUUCCAGGUUUGAUUUCCAGGGAAUAAAAAAGAAAAUGGAAAAUCAAAUGGAAUCUGUCGACAAAAUUCUGGACGACGUUAUUGCCGAACAUGAGAGGCCGGCCGGAGUGAAGAAUGAGGGGAAGAAGGACUUUGUCCAAAUUCUUUUAGAGCUGAAGAAGAACGAGGAUGUGGAAAUGUCAAAUAUCACUGUGAGACAACUCAAGGCCAUGUUGCAUAACCUCAUAUUUGGAGGCACUGACACUACUGCGACGACGAUUGAGUUUGCAUUUUCUGAGCUUAUGAACAAUCCCGAGGUCAUGAACAAGGUGCAAAAAGAAUUAUCUGACGUAGUGGGGACAAACACCUUAGUUGAAGAGUUCCACUUGCCCAAAUUACAUUAUCUGCAAGCAGUUAUUAAAGAAACAAUGCGCUUACAUCCUCCAGUGCCCUUCCUAGUUCCAAGGUCUUCGAAUCAGUCUGCGAUUGUCGGAGGAUACACAGUCCCGAAGAACACCAGGGUCUUUAUCAACGUAUGGGCAAUCCAAAGAGAUCCUUCCAUUUGGGAUAAUCCAAUGGAAUUCAGGCCCGAUAGGUUCUUCAUCGAUCCUCAAAAGUGGGAUUUUAGUGGCAACAAUUUUCAUUAUCUCCCAUUUGGAUCCGGGAGAAGAGUAUGCCCUGGCCUACCCCUGGCAGAAAGAAUGGUAACCUAUCUAUUGGCUUCGUUUCUGCAUUCAUUUGACUGGAAACUACGAGAAUGUGAAAAAUAUGACGUGUCCGAGAGAUUUGGGAUUGUGUUGAGGAAAAACACCCCGUUGGUUGCUAUAUCCAGUCCCAGAUUGUCUGAUAAAAACUUGUAUGUUUAGUGUCACAAAACUGACAUAUAAAGUAAAGUGGUUAAUUGUUUGCUUGUUAGGCAGUAAACUAGAACAAUAGACCACUUAGUUUUGUUUUUACAUAUUUAGUUUCAUGUUCGACAGUCAAUACCAUUGUAAUAAGUUCACACAUGUGGAUACUUGAUCCUGGAUAAAUUAACAUGAAUAAAAUUAAGAAGUUCCUUCGUGGAACUUGUCAAUUUUUCCUCUU